UUAUGUUAGACUUAGUUUAAAUUUAAAUUAUGCCUAGACUAAAUGUUGCAGUACUAGAUUCUAGGUACAUGCGCAAUCGCUGCUCUUUGCCCUUUGAACUUUGUACCCACUUCAUGUUAUUUGUUUGGCCUCGGCAACUUAACUCAUAAAAAGCAUAACUUCUCUGGAAGUCCUGCGCUGAAAUUUUAUCUUAGAAAUAUCAUACAAUACGCUAAAACUCAGCCAACACAAUAAAUAAAUGGCAUCACGUAAAAUACCAGCCUCUAUGCGACAAAUUAUUGUGAAGAAAUUGGGAACAAAUUUUAGAGAAGUGACUGAAAUUGUUGAGGCGAGGAUACCAUCUCCCGGACCAAAGCAAAUUCUUGUAAAAAAUAAAUUUUUGGGAAUAAAUGCAUCAGACAUUAAUUAUGCAGCUGGAAGAUACGACCCCACUAAAAAACCACCCUUUACUCCAGGUUUUGAGGGUCUUGGAGAAGUAGUCAGUGUGGGCUCAGAUGCUAAAUCAAAACUUGGGCAAACAGUUGUUUAUUCCAAAUUUGGAGCUUUUCAAGAAUACAUUGCCGUUGAUGAAUCAACUGUUAUGCCAGUGCCAUCCUGUGAUCCUGCUUUUUUAACCUUCAUGGUUAGUGGAUUGACAGCGUCUAUUGCUUUAGAGAAGCUUGGUAGACUCUCUCCCGGCAAUGUUGUUCUAGUUACAGCUGCGGCAGGGGGUACUGGACAGUUUGCCGUUCAGUUAGCCAAAAGUGCAGGGUGUCAUGUGAUAGGCACUUGUUCAAAUGAGGAUAAAGUUGCUUUUUUGAAGAGUAUUGGUUGUGAUCGUGCUGUAAACUAUAAUAAAGAAUCUCUAAAUGAUGUUUUAUCCAAAGAGUAUAGAAAAGGUGUUGAUGUUGUUUAUGAAUCAGUGGGAAAUGAAAUGCUUGAUGCAGCUUUAAAAAACAUUGCUUUGUUUGGGAGAAUAAUUGUGAUUGGUUCCAUCUCAAAUUAUGCAACUGAAAGUGAAUCAGAGCAAUCUCUCAACAGCAUGGGAGACAAGAGUAAAAUGAAUAUUCCUGUUACACUCCUUCAGAAGUCUGCAAGCAUGAAUGGAUUCUUUUUUUCGCACUAUCGGGCUGACAUAAAAAACCACCUACUUUCAUUGACCAAACAAUACAAAAGUGGGAGCCUUAAAGUGUUUACUGACAAAGGUGUUGGUGUACCGACAGGACCUUUUGUUGGUUUAGAAAAAGUUGUUGAUGCUAUAGAGUACAUGUAUUCAAGAAAAAAUGUUGGUAAAAUUGUUGUUGAGCUUACAGAAAGGAGUUCUCUGUGAGAAGAGCCACAUCUGAAUCUCUAGGGCAAUAAAGUUCAGAAAAGUUUAUGUUAGAUCAAUGUAAUGUUAAGCUUUAGUCUACUAGUACUAGUGAUAAAAUGUUAUGUUUCUUUUUUACAAUUUAAAAAAUUUCUAACAUCAAAAAACAACAAAGUGGAAAUGCUCUUGAUGGAAUCAAGUACUCUCAAAACUAUUUUUGUACCUGGUCCAAAAUGUUAUUUUUUUUUUAAGGAAGUCUUUUUUCUUAGUUUUAAGUGAUGUAAUGUUAAUGUCAUGAUUGUUCAUGUUAAGCUUUGCAUAAUGUAUCUUUAAUUCAUGUUCAAAUAAUAAAUUUGUAUUCAGUGUAAAUGAAAUUUUAUAUCAUCAGUUAUCUUAGAAAUAAUAUUAAAUAAAUGUUUUUAAUGGUACGUCUAUAGAAUAGGGCAUUGGUUGCAUUGUGUUUUAUGGUACAAAAAUACAAUUUGCAUUAGAUUCACUGCCUAGUAUUUGCCAUAGAUGAUAAAAUUUUACCAGCAUAUUUAAAAAGGAGUAAACAUUUUUUUAAAUUUUGAAAAUACAUUUAAAAAAAAUUAAACCAAAUCACAUUUUACAGCAAUUAUUUUUUGGUGACAUUAUAAAUGAAUAACUUCCUAUUUCAGACAGAGUUAUAAGAUACAGUCAGUUAACUCACUUUUAAUGCACAUAUAACCUAGAAAUAUUUUUUGUAUUAACUUGGACUCCACAGUAAAAUUAAUGCAUAAAAGUUCAAUUUAUAAUCAAUACAUUUGUACGUAAGUAAACAAUGGUAUUUUAUUUUUAAAUAUAUGCUAUGUAAUAAUUGUUGACAGAAAUUAUAUUUACUGAAUAAACUAUUUUU